AAAGAGAGAGAGAGAGAGGUGGGGGUGGAGGAGGAGGACUGACUGCCCUUCAUCUGUCUGCUCUAGGCGGAGCUGAAGUUACCGAGUGCGGCUGCGGGAGCUCAACACGAUCCGCGGGGCGAUAAUCAUCCACACCGGGAGAAAUGCGUUAAUUUACCUGAGCAGACUCUGACCCACGAUCAGUUUACCGACCAUCAUCGACUAAGACUCACUGCGCUGUUUAUUAAAGGCCUCUGUCGCUUUGGAUUAGACUAAAUGUCUCUUCUCUUCGACCGUUUGAACCGACCGAUGGGUUUGACGCCUUCUGCCUUAGAUUUACUUCAUUUCAGAUACAUUAUUUCAGUGUUAAUGCAGGAAUAAAAUAGGAUAAAGCCGGGAAAUGUCGGACAUGUCGUCAGCUCGUGAAGCUAAACAUCGACUGAAGCGGACUGACACGAAGAAACCUGACCCAUAUUGAGAUACUGCUCGAGCAUCUGGACCAGAACCAAAUAGAUAGAAACUAAAUCUUGUUUAUAAACGCAGAUAACAACCGAGACGUGAUCACAGCAGGUUUGAGCCCUCUCUCAAAAGGCUGAAGACAUGCGAGGCAGUGGAUCACAUACAUUGCAUGAAGUAUAAUCGCUCAAAUUCCGAACCAGCAUGGAGAAAAUGCGUUUAUAAUCUAUUGAUCAAAGCACACACAAACCCAAAGGUAUCUAAAACCAUGCAUUGCCUCCCAAAUCUUCAUCUGCACGUUUCAUAUCGGACUAUUCCCUCCGAGCACAUGAGCUUGAACUUCGGUCGAUAAAGAAGAGGGGGAAAAAAAGAAAAUCAACUGGAACUUUUUUUUUGGAGCUGAACCCAGAAGCAUCAGGAUGAGAGUGCGGAUCCUAAACCGAACAUCAGUACUGUCACUGGGGCUGUGCUCGAUGCUUCUGCUCAGUGCUGUGGCCGCUGCUCAGAGUGAGGAGAGAGAGCGGGAGUGUGCUUUUAAUGACCAGCACCAGCAGGUGGAUGAACAGAGUGUGGCUGGUGACUGGCACAUCACCAGAGAAAAUAACACCAUCCUGUGCAGCAAGAGCAGCCGCUGCUACGGCCUCUGGGAGAAAACACAUGACGGCGAAAUCCGACUGGUCAAACAAGGCUGUUGGACUUACAUUGGCGACCAGCAGGACUGCCAUGACGACCGUUGUGUGGUUACCACCACGCCAUCGCAGAUACAGAACGGCACCUACAGAUUCUGCUGCUGCAGCACCAACAUGUGCAACGUCAACUUCACAGAGAACUGGGUGCCUAGCCCUACCAAGACCAGCCCCCAAGAUCAACAGCCUUUACACAGAGAUGAGGCCAUCUUCAUUGCCCUCGCGUCUGUCUCCAUAGUAGCGGUCCUGAUUGUGGCACUGUUGUUCGGCUAUCGCAUGAUGAUGGGCGAGUGUAAACAAGGCCUGCACAACAUGGACAUGAUAGAGGCCGCACCAUCAGAACCAUCUCUGGAUUUAGACAGUUUAAAACUACUGGAAUUGAUUGGUCGAGGGCGCUAUGGUUCUGUCUACAAAGGAUCUCUUGAUGAACGCCCGGUUGCUGUAAAAGUUUUUACCUAUGCCAACCGGCAAAACUUUGUGAAUGAGCGCUCCAUCUACCGAAUCCCUCUUCUGGAGCAUGAUAACAUUGCUCGUUUUAUCGUUGGGGAUGAGCGUCUCACGGCAGAUGGGCGGAUGGAGUACCUGCUGGUCAUGGAGUACUACCCUCAUGGUUCUCUGUGCCGGUACCUGAGUCUGCACACGUUGGACUGGGUGAGCUGCUGUCGUCUGGCACAUUCGCUCACGAGAGGACUGGCCUACCUUCACACUGAGCUCCUGAGAGGAGAUUUAUAUAAACCUGCCGUGUCACACCGGGAUCUAAACAGCCGUAAUGUUCUGGUGAAGAACGAUGGCACGACGGUGAUCAGCGAUUUUGGUCUGUCCAUGAAACUGACAGGAAAUCGCCUCGUACGGCCUGGUGAAGAGGAAAACGCUGCCAUCAGUGAGGUGGGCACAAUCCGCUACAUGGCCCCGGAAGUGCUGGAGGGAGCGGUGAACCUCAGGGACUGUGAGUCGGCUUUAAAACAGGUGGACAUGUAUGCCAUCGGCCUCAUCUACUGGGAAACCUUCAUGAGAUGCACUGACCUUUUUCCAGGGGAGGCAGUGCCAGAAUACCAGAUGGCCUUCCAGGCCGAGGCGGGGAACCACCCCUCCUUUGAGGACAUGCAGGUGCUGGUGUCCAGAGAGAAACAGAGACCAAAGUUCCCAGAAGCCUGGAAGGAGAACAGCCUGGCUGUGCGCUCUCUGAAGGAGACUAUGGAGGAUUGCUGGGAUCAGGACGCAGAGGCUCGUCUGACGGCCCAGUGUGCAGAGGAACGUAUGGCAGAACUGCUGCUGAUCUGGGAGAGGAACAAACCUGUCAGCCCCACCAUCAAUCCCAUGAGCACAGCGCUGCAGAACGAGAGGAAUCUCACCCAUAGUCGCAGGGUUCCCAAAAUGGGCUCUUAUCCAGAUUACUCUUCAUCCUCUUACAUUGAGGAUCAUGAGGGCAUGGUGAAGAACCUCCCAGGUGACGUCUCAACAUCUGGGACUUCCUCUGUGGCUGGCAUGGCCAUGAGCGGCAUUAGCAGUGGCGUGACAGCGACAGGAGAGAAGAACAGAAACUCCAUCAACUAUGAGAGACAGCAGGCUCAGGCACAAGCUCGGCUGCCCAGCCCAGAGACCAGCGGCACUAGCCUGUCCGCCACGACCACUACGACGGGCCUCACACCCAGCACCAUCAUGACCACCAUCUCUGAAUCAGGCCACUCAGAGGAAGCAGGGGCCGGAGGAAGUGUACCAGUGUGCCUGCAGCUCACAGAAGAAGACCUGGAGACCACCAAACUGGACCCCAAAGAGGUGGAUAAGAACCUGAAAGAAAGCUCUGAUGAGAACCUGAUGGAGCAUUCGCAGAAGCAGUUCAGCGCUCCCGACCCGCUCAGCUCGGGCAGCUCCAGCCUCUUGUACCCACUUAUCAAACUUGCUGCGGAAGUGACCGGAGGGUCCGGGUCCGGUGGCCAGGCCGAUUUCGGGGUGGGCAGCAGUGGAAUGGGCGACGCUCCUGCAGCUAUGUUCCCACUCCCCAAACAGCAGAAUCUCCCCAAGCGGCCCACCAGCCUGCCCCUCAACACCAAAAAUCCCGGCAGGGAGUCCUCUUCGUCACGCCUGAAGUUCGGCAAGCACAAGUCCAACCUGAAGCAGGUGGAGACGGGCGUAGCCAAGAUGAACACUGUAGUGGCCGUCGAGCCUCACUUGGUCACCGUCACUAACAAUGGACCCAGUGUCCGUAGCGGCGUCGGAGUGGUCGUUGUUAACGGAUAUGGUGGGGUCAAUGGUGCCGGUUCCUCUGAUGCAUUUGGGAACACGAACCCAGCCGGGCCACAGGGUGAGGGCAGUGCCCCUCUGCUCCAGAGCCAGCUGAGUGGAGAAGACAGCCGUCUCAACAUCAACAUCAACUCCAGCCCAGACGAACACGAGCCCCUGCUGAGGAGAGAGCAGCCGGCCCCGCGUGAUAACUCCGGCCGCACCAACUCAAAUAACAACAACAGCAACAUCCACACGAAUGCCUCUGCCACAGUUCGUACGUUAGCUCCUGCAGAUGCCCAGAUUGAGACUUUAACCUGCUCUCUGGGGGCACCAGACGGAAGGGCUGAUGGGGUUCCACUGAGACAGCCUAAACCCAGGAGACCUGAGCGGCCAAACUCACUGGACCUGUCAACAACUUCCCAGGAUUCAUCUCUCUUGGAUGAGGCCGUGUCACAAGAGGGAAAAGCUGGAUCAGCUGAGAAGAUAAAGAAGCGUGUGAAGACACCUUAUUCUUUGAAAAGAUGGCGUCCUUCCACUUGGGUUGUCUCUACAGAAACCCUGGAUGGAGAGGUCAACAAUAAUGGGCACAGCCAGCAGACGGGGAUGGCAGUGACUGGAGGUGGCCACCCAAGUUCUGGCCAAUCAAAAUCCAGCAUCGCUGUGUUCCUGGUCAGCGGCGGAACCGCGACCGCCACUCUAACCUCCGACCCACCAGAUAUGACCUGCCUGUGAACUCACAUCUCUGCUUUUCCUCUGAGGAAGAGCCCAGAUCAGACUUUGAACACAAGAGGGGUUUGUCUAUGCUAUCGUGCUCCAAGAACUAAUCCAGUUGAUGACGGAAAGAAAUACAAAAAAUGUUUUUGUAAAGCAGACUCUUGACGGGAUGUAAUUUGGCAAGCACUUAACGUUGUCGAACUUCUCCGACUUGUUUUGAAGAAAUCGCUUUAAACCGAACCCAGCUAUGCAGCAACAUUGGCAUAAAAUGCUUCCAUUUGUUUUUGUUGUUUCAUUUUCAAUUAAGUAUGAUUGUUUUUAUGGUUGUUCUAUCAUUUGUUGCACUUUUUUUGUAAGUAAUCUUAAUCACAGAUCCUCCGACCAGGCUGGUCUUAAAACUGAAAAAUGUAAACGACAAUUUGUUGAUUUAACAAUCAUGGUAGAUUGGAUGAAAUUGAAAUCAUGUCCAUCUAAAAAAAAAAAAAAAAAAAAAAAAUCUCAUUUGAGAUGAAAAAAGGCAGUGGUCUUUAAGACAGGGUUGACUGCAUCUUUAAUACAUUUUAAUCCACAGUACAUUCAUAUGUUUUAUAUUUGUUGUAUGUUUCUAUGUACUCUUUUUUUUUUUUUUUUAUCAUAUUUUGAAAUGUGCAAUAGACUUUAGCUUUGAGGUGCUCCAUAAGACAAUUUAAUUUUGCCAUGUUUUUGCCGCAUUUGUUUCUUUCUUGUCUUUAGUUCAAUAUUUAGAAGCUCUGUGCUUAGCAGUGGCAAUCCUGUGUCCAUUCGGCCACCCCGACUGCAUUUGAGAAACAUCGUACAAAUGACAAUCCCACACCUUUUCACCAAUCCCAUCAUUCUUGAAAAGGGAAGUAAACAGAAAAUCUUGGGGUGUUUUGAUUCAAGUACUGGAAGUUCUCAAUGGACAACUUCUCACAAGCUUCAAGGAGGACAGUAGUUUUUUCUGUUACACUACAAGUCAGGCAUCAACCUGGACUUUCUGCUGGAAAUCAUGCUCUCUGAAAACACUGAAUAAUCAAGUCCCUCUCUGCACACGCUCAGUGCAGUUUUACCUCUGUCAGAGUGUAUGUAAAUGUGUAUGUAUGGGUCUAUUUCUGCUUAACGGAGCUCCUCAGAUCACAUCAGUCAAAUGAGACUUUCAACUUCCUGUUGCUGCCAGGACGGUGGACGAUGCUCUGCGUGCUUCAGAAAGCGAACACACACAUACAUACGCCAUGAACAAAAUAUAUACAGUAUGUACAGACUGAAGCUCACAGCUAGCUACUUUAGUUCGGUUUUAGCUUCUGUUAAAGAUAAGCUCAAGUGACAUGACAGUGUACAAUAAGAAAUCAUGAUUUUAUCCAUUUUAGCUAUUUCUGAAGUUAUUUUUUUUUCUUCUUUAUUUUUUUAAGUGUUUAAUUUAUGUAGUACCCACGCUCUGGGUUUAUUAUUCUCAUGAAACUGAAUCAGUAAGUUGUUUAUAAUCAUGUAAAAUUAUCUUAUUUGAAUGAUACUUUCAAUCAAAUACAUUGAAAACACAUGUGGUUUUGCCUUUCUUUUUCAAGUCAAUCAUGAUUGACACUUUCAGAAUGGUCAAGUUUAAGUGUCACAUCCUACUUUUGAAAUCAUCUAAUCAUCAUUUUAAGAGCAGUUGAUGUUUUUACCAGCCAUGACAUGGGCCUCAUAUUUUGUUGCCUUUUGUGGAAAACUGUGGACACGAGCCAUUUAAAUUAUUACAUGGUGAUGAGGAAAAUUCCCUCAUACAGCAAGGCCCUGCUUGCCAAGAAAUGAAGAUAGUAUGCAUUUAAUCAGAAAGCGCUUACUGUGCUGUAUGCAUUUUCUAUAAUGAGUGCGAGGAUUAACCAAGAUUUGGCACAAGCCAGCAUUAUCUUUGGACUUUGACCACUUCAGAGUGGGGAACUUUCAAAAAGUCAUCUGAUUUUUUCCCCUCCACUGGUUUUUUCUGUCUGUAAAUAAGGCUAUGCAGUGGAGGUUCAAUUCUAACGCCCUCUUUCUAAACGAAUCAGUGCUUCAGUCUGACUUUUGUAUAUGUUUGUAAUAUAGGCUAAUCUCUGUAGUGUAAAUACACAGUGCAUUUGUAUGCACAUAUACAGACUCUUCAUCUGUUGCUUUGGGACCAAGAACAACGCUAAAUCACUGUGAGAUUUAUCUGAAGAUAAACACAGUAAUGUCAGACUGUUCUCAGUUAGAUACGCCAGUGUGAAUGCUGGAGUCAACCAGAACGGAAAUGAGGAAUGAUAGCAUAAUAAAUGCCAUAAAAACAAACCUCCAAUUCUGAUUUGAAUAAAAAUGAACAAACGUUUAUGCUUUUAGACCAAAGUGUUGUGGUUAAAACAUGCUGAGCUGAGUCAUUUGAAGUGUAGUUUGUUCUGAAGGACUGUCCAUCUGCUACUUGUUAAUAAUGCAAGAUGUUUACACCAGAGCCAUUGUCCAGUUUUACAGCAUGCUGAUGAAUACCGAAUCAUUUACAGAUAAUACUCUACAAAACAUGCAUAAAUGCCUUGUUUAUAUUUGAAGCAGGCCUUGAGAAGUCUGACGUUUAUAAUUCAGUCAGGUUGCAGGAGUGUUUUAACCAAACUCUUUAAAGUUUAAAUGAAUCAGUAACUCAAUCCUACAGCGAUUGGAACUCGUUACAAAACCAAACACGAAAAUGGCUAACAAUGUGUCCUCAUAAAACACAAACUUGGAGUAUCAGCUGUAUAUUGGGGUGUGUAUGAGUGAAUGAAUGAAGGGUCUGUUGACAAGCUGCUGUUUUUCUUUUUUACUUUUGAGUUCAUAUUGAAGUUUUCGUUUGGCCCCUGCAUAGACGGAUGUUCAAAAAAGCCACUGACAUGUUUUCUAUUACAGCUUGUAAAGUAAGCACUUUGAGAAAAAGAACAAAUGAUAACUCAUGCUUUUAGUCUAUUCAGAAGAUGUUUUAAAAUGCCAUUUAGAAAAUAAAGCUUGCUGUACAACCCCUGCGUUACUCAGUUGAUUAAAGAUUAUAUUAAUGAAAACCUGUA